GUGAGGCCUCCUCAUUCACAAAAAGAAACUCAGCUCUUCUUUUCUCUUUCUUUCUAUGGCUUCUUCUUCUUCUUCUAAUCCUCUCAUCUCUGUGUUUUUCUUUGGCUGGUUUUUCUUCUUCUUCUUUUCUGAGGACAAAAGCUUUGUCUCUGCAACAAGAGAAGAACAAAGUGAGCUUCAACAUACUCAUCAUCAUCAUGUUUCUCUCACCUCUCUCCUUCCUUCUUCCUCCUGCACCUCUCCUCCUCCAGGUCGGAUGCGAAAGGGAUCAUUACAAGUGGUACACAGGCACGGCCCAUGUCACACUUCAUCUUCUUCGUUCACUAUUCCACACAGUGAAAUCCUCAAGCACGACCAAGCCAGGGUGAGAUCAAUCCAUGCCAAGCUUUCCAAAAUAAACAACCACCAUGAUGAGGCACAAGAAGCUGCUAAGAGCUACGAGGGGAUGGGCCAGGCAAAGCUUCCGGCGAAGUCCGGCAGCCUUCUCGGCACCGGAAACUACUUCGUCACGGUGGGGCUUGGAAGGCCCAGGAGAGAACUCUCUCUCAUAUUCGACACCGGCAGUGACCUCACCUGGACCCAGUGCAAACCCUGUGCUCGCUCUUGCUAUUCCCAGAAAGAACCCAUCUUCGAUCCUUCCCAAUCUUCUUCUUACUCCAACAUCUCCUGUUCUUCUUCCCAGUGUUCCCAGCUUUCUGCUGCCACUGGGACUGAUCCGGGAUGUUCUAAGUCGACGGGAGCUUGCAUAUACGGUAUUCAAUACGGUGACUCGUCCUUCUCUGUUGGCUACUUCGCUAAGGAAACAGUGACCAUAUCUCCGACCGACGUCGUCGAUAACUUCCUCUUCGGCUGCGGCCAGAACAACGAGGGUCUCUUCGGCAGCACCGCCGGGCUCCUUGGCCUCGGCCGCAAUCCCAUCUCCUUCGUCGAACAAACCGCGCAGAAGUACAACAAGAUCUUCUCCUAUUGCAUCCCCUCCAGAUCCAGCACCGUCGGCUACCUCUCCUUCGGUGGCGGACACUCCUCCGGCAACGUCAAGUUCACCCCACUCUCUUCCAUUUCCCGGGGCUCGUCCUUCUACGGCCUCGACUUCACAGGAAUCACCCUCGCCGGCGUCAAACUCCCGAUCGCCGCCUCUACGUUCUCCCCCGGCACCAUCAUCGACUCCGGCACCGUCAUCACGCGGCUCCCCCCGGCGGCGUACGGUCCCCUGAGAGACGCGUUCAGGAAAGCCAUGUCCAAGUACCCAAAGGCAGAUCCGGUGUCGAUCCUGGACACGUGUUACGAUCUUAGUAAAUACAAAACCUUUGUCGUUCCGAAGAUAACAUUGUCGUUUGGCGGUGGGGUGAACGUGGAGUUGGACGCAACAGGGAUCCUAUACGGGGUGAAGGAAACGCAGGUGUGUUUGGCGUUUUCUCCGAAUAAAGAUUCAAGCAGUGUGACCAUUCUGGGAAAUGUCCAACAGAAAACACUGGAGGUGGUCUACGAUGUUGGGGCUGGUAAGAUUGGCUUCCGACCAGGUGGUUGCAUCUAAAUAAUUAAUUAAAAAUAUAUUUAAUUAGUAGAUUUGAUCUUAAAAAAAAUUAAUAGAUUGAUUCUAAAUUAUAAAUAGGGGUGUAAGCAUCAUCAUGAGGAAGGAUUAUUCUGCGUGCUUAUAUGUCUAUUUAUAUAUUCACUUUGAUCUAUUGAUUUUUUCACAGACAAGUCUUUUUUAAAUUAUGUUGUUAUAUAUAUAUAUAUAUAUGUAGUGUCCGCAAUUUCGUUUAUAGGAUACUAAAAACAUUUAUGUUUGCCAAAAGGCAAGUAAUUGUUGCUUCUCACAAAUGGAGUGUUGGAAUAUUAACAUGUGGUAUUGGGGAUCCUAAGAGUGGUCUGAAGAAAGUGGUAAUUAUUAAUAAGGAUGUGAUAGAUUUGGAAUUGUUAAUAUAUAUACUUGAAUGAUUUACCAAUGAUUUACCAUUUA